UGAUGCUCUAACAGUAGCGCACGAUGCCAGCAACGCCAAAGUCCUGGGUUCGACUCUCAGGGAAUAGAGGGGUCGGCUGGACGGAGGAUGGAGGGAGAUUUUCUCCUUUACCGAUUCCAACAAUCUCCACAGAGAAACAUGUGCAUGUCACUGUGGGAACGCUUCUGUCGGAAUCCACGGAAUCAGUUGCCAUAGAAACUGUGUUCAAUAAUAGCUAUAGUCACUGAAUUAAUAUUUAUGCAGUCUGAGAUUGUUUCACACCCCCUGCUUUCUUACAGAGAGGGCCUUGAUAUAUAUUUAGCCCCAAAAAUGAAAAAAAUAAAAAAAGGCAAGCAAAAAUCCAGAUUUAUGUUGAGGGACAUUAUGCACCUCUGCAAAUGUGUGUUAAGUGCAUUAUAACAUUGACCUAAUACACGCCAUCUUUACUCUGCAAAGCCGGUACACAGGUUGCAUACAUGCAUUUGGUUGCACAAAUAUAGCAUUAAAGUACUUCAAAAGUAAAAUAAUGAAUAAAAAAGAUUCUAAAAUAAAUGCUCUGUCAUGACAACAAGGCUGCACCAACUUUGCAUCAUUUACAUUCAUCACUGGGUGCUUAAGUGGGUCAAGGCUGGCAUAUUUUAUAUUUUGCAUGGGUUUAAUGCACCAUUGCGUCUUUAUGCAGAAUUUAGAGCAGGCACAGAGCCUGCUCAGAGCAGCCUCAACUUGACUAUGAAGCACUUGCACACCUUGCUUAAAUGUUAUCAUGCAUCAAAUCACAGCAUGUAAAAUUUGGUCUAUUUCUUAGACAAGACUGUUAUGAUUAUUAUUGUUGUUUUUGUUGUUAUUGUUGUUGUUAUGGUAAACUCAUUGAAAUGUUCUGCAUCAAAUUGAAUUCUCUAUAUCUGCUUGUGAGAAACAGCAGCAUACACCCAAAUGCAGGGGUGCAUCCGAAAACCAUGGAUAAACUUAAAAUGAUCAAAGAAUUAAAAUAAUUGAAUAAGUUUCCCCCUAGUGGAAAGCAGCGAUGGCCAUGUGCAUGUGAACGGUCAGUCAGUCAGUGGUUUGCUCGGUGAAGCUGGACCUCAUUGCGUCUGUGCGUGAUCGUGGGAGCCUCGCAUCAGCUCACUGCCCACUCCACGCCCCCGCAGAGUCUCCCAAACUCUCGGUCGCAGGAGGAGAGAUGAUGUGGGGGAUGUAAGACACGGGGAUCAGCAGACAGCAGCUGGAUUCUUGGUCUAAAAUCAGCCGCUCUGAUGGAGUGAAGACAGCAGAUACACGGUUCACCAGAAUCUGAGCCGGGAUGUUCCAACAUUGCUGAGGCCGGAGGAGGAGAGGGGUGUGGGAUCCUGGGAUUCUAGAGGUGGAGAGUGAGACAUCAUGGGUGAUGGAGGGGCCUUGCACACGGAGGGCAAUGCCCUUCUGAAAGCAGUGUUCCAGGGCAAGCUCCGCCUCACUCGCCUCCUCCUGGAGGGCGGAGCCUAUAUCAAUGAAGGGAACGAGCGAGGGGAGACGCCGGUCAUAGCGGCCUGUCUGGCGGGAUACGAUGAUCCACAGACCCGGCAGAGAAUGGUGAGGUACCUGCUUGAGAAGGGAGCAGACCCAAACAUCCCUGACAAAUCGGGUCGGACUGCCCUGAUGCAUGCAUGUGCAGAACAGGCAGGCAAAGAGGUGGUGUCGCUGCUGCUGGAAAACGGCGCUGAUCCCAGCUUGAAAGACUAUUCCGGGGCCUCUGCACUCGUACACGCCAUCAAUAAGGGCGACAGGGACACUCUUCAGGUCCUGCUGGAUGCCUGCAAAGCCAAAGGUAAAGAGGUCAUCAUCAUUACCACCGAUACAUCUCCCUCUGGCACUAAAAAGACCAAACAAUACCUGAACUCCCCACCAUCUCCGGGUAUAGUGGACAAGCUGUCCCCUGCUUGCAUGUCUCCAUCUGAGGUAGAGAUCCAUACCUCUGGCUCUGCCCCCGGUGAGGAGGAGGAAGGUAUCUUCAGCUUUGCCGUGACUUCAGCACUCCCACUACCCUCCAGCAGACCACAAGGGGAGAGGAGACCACCACCCCGUAAGCUUCUGAAAAGACUAAACUCUGAACCAUGGGGUCUGGUAGCUCCUUCAGUACUUGCUGAGAGAGUGGAGCGGAUAGAGGGCGAUUUAGCCGAGGAGGACAAGUUGGUCUCAGAGAUGAAUGGAAUGACAGUUUCUGGUCCAGGCAGACCUCUCCUGUCCAGAAGGCACAGUAUAGAGACCCAUGACCCAUCUUCUCCAAAGCUGAUGGACCGGUCCUGUUCGGAAGACUGUGCAGGACUGAGUGGCUCUUCUUGGGCAGAUAAAGUCCAUCAGCACCAGUCACUGUAUCGUCGAAACACGGCCCCUGAGACUCAGGACAGUGUGGCUCAGGGACCGACGGGAAUCCGUGGCUUACCACACCCCAAACUCACCCGCAUGGAACACUAUGAGUCGGACACCCACCUGUGCCCUGCCUCCAUCCCUGGAUCUCCGGAUUCUGGACGUGUCUCAGUGGAGCGCCGCAAGUACAAUGCCUCUCCCUUGUCACUGCUCACCAGCUCUUCUCGAGAGUCUCUGGAGAGCAUUCCCAACUCGGUGUCUCCUAUGACAAUGCGGCGGCGUCCAACAGGACUGUUGGAACGGCGGGGAUCAGGCACUCUCCUUUUGGACCACAUCUCCCACACAAGACCUGGGUUCCUUCCUCCUCUCAACAUCAACCCUCAGCGACCCAUUCCUGAUAUCCGUGCCAACGGAAAGCCCACGUCUCCCGUUCACUCAGGGAGCAAGAUCCUGCUGCCGGUCGCCCCAUCGUCACCAAAGCGUGGACCAGACUUUAAGAUGAAGAAGAAACUGAUGAGACGGCACUCGAUGCAGACAGAGCAGAUGAAGCAGCUUUCAACCUUCCGGGAAAUCCUCACAGAAAAGGUGAUGGAGAUGAAUGGAGAUUGAGAGCAAGAGGGAAGGAGAAUGAGAGCGAGUCAGUGCUGGCCGAGAGUUUUCAUUACUGGGUUCAUCUACAUCAUCUUUGAGGCAAACAUGCUCUGGUCCAGUUCAGCUCCUUUAGAACUUAGUACAUACAUCAAAAAUAUGCAUUGUGUAGAAAAAACCAUCUUCAAAUCCAGACAAUGAUAGUGAAAAUGAGUCACGGUCACUCAAGAUCAUAAAAGGGAUCAGUUAUUCCAAAUUUGGAGACCAUUCAAAUGUUAUUUGGGAUUAUUCCUUGAUGAUCAAGAAUGCUUGAAGAUGGACCUAUUGGUGUCAGUGGAAGUGCUGUUGGUGUUUGAAAUUGCUGCAACCCUCAGAUGAAACCUCACAGAUUUUCUAUUCUACAGGUUUCUCUAAGUAUUAGCGCUGUUAUGGCUAUCAGCCUUCUUAAUGUUGUGCACUGUCUGAAAACAAAUAUGCCCAAAUUGUACCUUUAGGGGCACAGCUAGUUGUUGAUGGGGCACUAACCUAAAAAGAACAAAUUUGUACUUUAUCUACCCCUAAAAGUUGCAUAUUUGUACCUUAGAAUAGUUAAUACGUACCCUUAAGGUACUAUGCAUAUUUUUUGGGGUAAAUAAGGUACAAAGAUGAACCAAUAAGGGUACAAGCUGUUGUAACCCUUAAGGUACAAUUUUUGCUAAUUUUUUCUGUGAUGAUCCUGUGGAAUAAUUGGGUUAAUAAUCUUAAUAUUCCUGAAAAAAUACACAUCCAUCUGUCCUUUGGUAUCAAGUGAAGUUCAAAACUCUAAAAUGUAUUUCUUCAGUCAUUACAGUAAAGCUAAAUUGAGUAGUUUUAUUAAAAUUGAAUUUAAAUGUGAUCAUUUACUUACUUGUAAAUAAUAGUGCUCAAGUCUUUUUAAUGCAAUAUUUAUUUCUGCGUGUUUGUUUUGCACUGAAGGUUAAGAAUUGUAGUCCUUGAGUCCUUGACUUUUAAUUCGGCAAUGGCAACUUGAUUUUUUCCACAGGAUGUACACUAGAGAAUAUUGGAGAUGGCAGACUGCUAAAUAUUCCCGGAACAAAUGAUAGUGUUAAAUGAUGAACACAUUUCUGAAGAACAUUUUAUUGCAUUAUAAAAAUGCAAUAAAAUAUUACAGGAAUCAAUUAACAUAAAAGCAUUUAAAAAGCUAUAUAACUACUAUAAAAUAUAUAAUUGUACCAGUUAAACAAACUGCAUGUUUCAGGGCUUUUGGAUGGGUUGUUUAUCUUUCUUAAACUCUUCUAAGUGAUACAAAAUAAAUGAAGUGCAAUUCUUGAAACUCAAAAUCCCAAAGAAACUCUACAAAGCCCAUCCAAAACCACACAGAUCCACCCUGACCCAAACAGAGAAACCCUCGCCUAACGCACACUCCCUCUGGAGACACAGAGCACAGAUAUUGUGUACAUACUGUACAGAGUACAAUUGUGUCUCAAGUGUUUGAACGUGCAAUAUGCUGUGCUGCCUCAGCACUUAUUUCAUAUUAUUAUCGUGAAUGUGAACAAUCAUUCUGACGUGUGUCUGUGGUAACAUGCUGCGGUAAAUAGUUCAAGACGAGCUGGGAGCUCAGUUUACAUUCAGAGGAGGAAUCUCUGCACAAAAUACAUGAGAAUGAAUUUCCCUAAAGAGCUGCAGUGCACAGUGUGUCCGUGUCAAACACAUAGUUCAACUCAAGCUUAUGAUGUGAGUGAAUAUAGUGCUUCUGCUUUGAGAUGUUCUAAACUUGAUGUGAAUUAAACUUAGUGUACUUGAAAUGUAUCAUGAAAACAAAAAGAGGAAUAUUUUUUUAUGCCUGUAGGGUUUUAUUCUUGUUGUUUUUUAUUUUUAUUGAAACAUGUAUGUUUAAUACCGAAUCGUUGGUGGUGCAAUUUCACUUUGAUGGUAGCUUUUGUGUUCCAGGAUGUUUGUAGGAAAUAAUAUAUGAGCAGCCGGAGCUCAGUGGCUAUAGCAAUCUUCCUGAAAACGAUUGCAAUAAAAGCCAACCGUCACCUGUUAAACCGACGGACUGAAAUCCAGAUCUCCGAUUACCUAGCCCUUUGUCAUCCUGAUGGAAUUAGGAGAAUCUUGGCACUUUGCUGUGUAUUCAUUUAUUUUUAGUGAUUCUCCUCUUUUCAUUUAACACACAAGCGAGAUUUGUUUCUAAAUAUGUUUGUAUCUAAGUAUCUCCAAUAUUUCUGACCUGCUGUACAAAAACAUCCAUUUAAAUGAGUUGAAAUUGUGUUCAAGUGUACCUGAAAAGAUGUUAAUAGUGUAAAGGGUGUUUCAGGUGCUGGACCUCCGUCUGUGCUACAUUGUCCUUGGGUAGUUUGAGCCGUACUCCGGUGUUCUGCUCUCCAUUCACAUAGAAGGGUCACAGUUACAAUAUCAAUGCAUCAUUUAAUGGAUUAUGGAUUAAAUAUUUCUUGUUAUUUUGUAUGUUUAGUGUGAUACACAGGUCAAAUGUAGUAAACCAAAUAAUUUUAAAAAGUAUUAAAUUAUUUAAAACAAAAUGCUGUUGUGCUAUUUCUGUGAGGUGAUGAUU